AGUUUCCUUGAGAAUUCUCUCCUCACAAUCCCAAUACAAGGCUCUCGUUUUUCUUUCUGCUUCUCUAAAAUCUCUCUCUCUCUCUCUCUCUCUCUCUACAACUUUCUUUUCAGCUUCACAAAUGGCGAAUUUUCAAAGAAGCUACAGAGAUCCGACGGCUCAAAAUCCAUCAAAGCUCACCAACGCAGGUUGUAGUGGGGUUUGUAUGAUGAGCACCACAUGGAGAGAUGAACAACACCCAUCUUUCAUAAAUUUUGUCGCCUCCUUCCUCAGUGCAAAUUCAUUCCGUCUUAACUUUGUCCCAAUCGCCCCGGAUUUCAUUUUCAAUUGUGGGGGAUUGUCGGUGGCAUUCGUGUUUGUGACAAAAUUGGAUUCCAAAUACAUCUCACCAAUUUUCAGCAGAGUUCAGAAACUGAAGGGGCAAUUUGCAAAUCUCUAUGUUGUUGUCAUCCUCCCAACCAAGGAACAAAAUGAUUUGUUUGUUCGCUCUUACUUCAAAUAUGGAAUGGAGCUUGGUAAGCCAACCUUUGUGCCUGUACAAGACUUAGAGAUGGGCUUUGAGAAGAUUGUCAACAUAGCUCACUCUCGUGGGGUAUGCAAGCAAAAGGCUGCCAUAGCAAAAUUGAAAACUGAGAGGAAACGCUCAGUGCAGGGGAUGGACGCUUUCCUUAGAGUGGUCACAUCCAUACCAGGCAUUGACAAUCAUGAUGCGAAUGCGCUUCAUCAAGCGAUUGGUUCGGUUGAGGCAAUUGCAAAGGCAUCGAAGGAGUACAUUCUAGGAAACACAGACCUUUCAGCUGACAAGGCAGCAAUAAUUUUUAGGUUUUUCAGAGAUCCAAAGUUUUACCUUAGCCCCAAGAUCAAUGGAUUAGAGAAACAGUUUAUUUGAAUGGAAUUCUGAAAUAUUUUGUCAA